AUGCCCAAAUUUGGCCAGUACAACAGCAAAUACAGUCCGAUCUGCAAGAAAAAAAACAAGAAGAAGGAGAAGAAGGAGGAGGAGAAGAAGAAGAAGAAGAAGAAGAAGAAGAAGAAGAAGAAGAAGAAGAAGAAGAAGAAGAAGAAGAAGAAGAAGAAGAAGAAGAAGAAGAAGAAGAAGAAGAAGAAGAAGAAGAAGAAGAAGAAGAAGAAGAAGAAGAAGAAGAAGAAGAAGAAGAAGAAGAAGAAGAAGAAGAAGAAGAAGAAGAAGAAGAAGAAGACGAAGAAGAAGAAGCCUCAUGCCUGA